UUGUUGUGGUGAUACUGACCGGUACUAUUACAGAUGUUUGACCUACUGAACACAUUCAAUGUGCUAUUUUACCUUUUUGUCUUCUAGCUUCAACCAAAAGAUUUAAUAGUAAGUUCUUAUAGGAGCUGUAAAUAGUAAAUAAUGAAUAGUCACAGUCACUGAUAAGUCAUCAGUCCUGCAGUUAAUGAUUAUGAAUCAUCAGUAAAGGUUAACAUGUUUCACACAUGAACUUAUAGUAAACUGUCUUGUGUUCGCACAAGAUUAAGUAUCAGCUUUCAGGACUUCAGGGGCCCAUUAGUAUUUGAGGGGAUGAGAGGUGGUCCCAGUACACUUACUGCUCCUUUAAAUUGGUUUCGCAUCCGGAGCAGCAGUCUCACAUCAGACAGACACAGGCCAGUGUCCCACCCGACAAAAAGCCAUCCCACACGACUGUUUGCGAGCGGACUACAGGUGCACUGCUGCUGCUGGUCGGCUCACUAUGGCUCAGAACCAGGUGAUCCUGCAGUUCCGCUUUGCCACAUUUGGGGACUCCAUGUUGCGGAAGAUGAACCUCCUGCGUCACCAAAAACGCUUCUGUGAUGUCACUGUGCGCAUCAACCAGCUGGAGGUCCCAGGUCACAAGGUGGUGUUUGCCGCUGGUUCGUCUUUCCUGAGGGACCAGUUCAUCCUUCAGCAGGACUCCAGGGAGGUCCAGAUCACCAUGAUCCAGGAGGCGGAGGUGGGUCGGCAGCUGCUGCUGUCCUGCUACACAGGCCAGCUGGAGUUUCCUGAGCUGGAGCUGGUCCAUUACCUGACGGUGGCCAGCUUCCUCCAAAUGGGUCACAUUGUGGAGCAGUGCACUCAAGCCCUCAGCAAGUUCAUCAAACCGCAGGCUUCACAGCAGCUGGAGGUGGAUGUGGAGAUGAGAAGGGAGGAUAGGGAGGAGGGUUUAUCCUCCCAGGCCUCGAGAGAACAGGAGCACUCUCAGGUGAGGACUGUCCAUCAGGAGGAGGAGGAGAUGGAGCAGGUUGAGGACCACAAAAGUAGUGAUGCUGAUGAUGAUGAUGACGAUGACGAUGUGAUUAUACAGCCUAAGUCCCCUCUCCAGAUCUUGGACAGACAUCCCAGGCAGGGUGUAGUCGAGAGUGACAUCACCAUAGUCAAGGUGGAGUCUGUGUCUGACGUAGCAGAAAAUUCCAUCACCGGUCACUUCCCGACCAGCCCCCCUGCUGCCCUGCAUUCCCCUGAACCCCAACACUCGCUCAUCAACUCCACUGUGGACAGUCGUAGUAGUGACAUGGCGGUGCCACCUGGCAUGGCCGGCUACCCGCUCAGCCCUCCUCCUCCGUCCUCUCCUGCAGAGAAACACAUGGGGUUCCAGAGGAACUACGACAAGCCUCUCCAGUGGUACCACCAGUGUCCUAAGUGCUCCCGGGUCUUCCGCCAGCUGGAGAACUACGCCAACCACCUCAAGAUGCACAAGCUGUUCAUGUGCCUCCUGUGCGGCAAGACCUUCACACAGAAGGGCAACUUGCACCGACACAUGCGCGUCCAUGCCGGAAUCAAACCCUUCCAGUGUAAAAUCUGCGGGAAGACCUUCACCCAAAAGUGUUCUUUGCUGGAUCACCUAAACCUGCACAGCGGGGACAAGCCCCACCGUUGUAACUACUGUGACAUGGUGUUCGCUCACAAGCCAGUUCUCCGCAAGCACCUCAAACAGAUCCAUGGGAAGAACAGCUUUGACAACGCAAACGAAGGCAACCUGCAGGACGGGGGGCUUGACUUUGAUUUUGGCCGAAUAUGAAACUUAUGGACCUGUUUUUAUUGGUUAAAACUGUCAGCCAUUCAAUUAGACAUGACACAGACUUUCCAUCCAAGUGAGACAUUGUCCAGAUGAGUCUGUGUAAACUUUACAGUUCAAGAGACUGACAGUUUAUACAAAACUCAAGCGUCGAGCUUGUUUAUCCUUGUAUGAGAAGUCAGUGAUCAGUUCAGAUUUCUUGAACAUGAUGGCUGGUUUCGGGGUUAAACUGGAGAACACAAACAUAAAAGGAGAAGUUUUCCUGGUUGACAUUUCACUGUAGCUUCAUUACUGUGGACUUUUUUUUUUCUACAGUAUAUUGUAGAUGCCUUCAUAUCAUACUUGAAAAUUCAGCACUGAAACUCAAAACAUAAUGACUGUAUAUCAUUAGUUUUAUUGAUUGAAUUAACAUGUCUGUGUGUCUACUCUGUCCAAUGAAAAAAACAAUGAAAAAAUAUCCAUUUGUAUAUUGUGUAUACAGUUCAGUGUAGCCUCUUUCUUUCCUGUGAUUAUAUUACAUGGACUUUAUCACUAAAAGAAACUUGAAAGCAGGUGGGUAGAUGAAUAUUUUAUUGAAGGCAAGCUACACCACCUUCUCUUAGUGACGAAUGGGAUGCCAAAGUGUCUAUUUGAACUGGAAUGGUUCGUUUUUGGGGUUUUUUUACAGACUGUCUCUAUAGCGGAGGUACUUUUGGACCAAAGUGACAUUUUUUCUGUCAUGUGUUCAUGGAAAUCAUUGCGUGUUAUGAAAUUAAAAAGUGACUCUUAAACAA